AUGAUACCAUGUCUAGCCGGCACCAGUCUCGAGUUCGUCUGUGAAGGAAAAACCAAGACAACCAUGUGUUCCCUGUCCUGGGCAGUGCUGCUUGUGCUGGUGCCGUGUGUUCUGUGUCAGAGUCUUGACCAGACGAGAGUCUCCGGUGCAUCAGGAUCCGAAGUCGUCCGAGCUGUGGUGAACCUCAUACACGAGUCGUGCAUCUUCAAACACGACAAACUCUUUCUGAGAAGAUUAGCCUUCGUCAAAUCCGUAGAUGGCACAGACCCAAAGGCGUUUCUCCCAAACAGCGGUGGAAUUUGGCAGGUUAACACAACCCAGUUUACCCAGAUUAUAGGCAGCACAUCUGCCGUCAAUUUGUUCCCAUCAAUCAAGUCGCACUUUGGAAUUGACUGGCAACGCGUGACCAUGGACGAUCUAAAAAAGCCGCUGUUUUCUGGAAUUGGCGCCGCUCUGUUGAUGACUAUGGUUAAUGAAGAGGUACCGCGGAGCGUGGAGAAACAGUCGGCGUACUACUUCAGGCACUUCGACUCGGAUACGAAUGCAGCGCACACGUUCUACACCACGGCUACUCAGCUCCCUAACGCUUGCAAAAUGAGUAAUCUGGACCUGGCGUUCCUGGUGGACACGUCUGCAAGCCUGUCGGUGACAGACUUCCAGAAGGCGAAACGUUUCGCCUCGACGAUGAUCGACAGCUUCACCAUUGGUCCAGGCGGAGUGCAGGUGUCCUUCGUGACCUUCAGCACUGGCUUCAAAGUCCACUUCAACCUGAACGACCACCACACCCGCCGCGACAUCAAGGACGCCAUAGCUCGCGUCCCGUACACAACCGGGGCCACCGACACGGGCGCCGCACUGGCGUACGUCAGCCACAACGUGUUCAUGUCGGCCACGGGUGCCAGGCCGGACGCGUCCAAGGUAGUGAUUCUCGUUACGGACGGCCGGUCUACGGAUCACUCCAAGGCCGUGCAGGCGGCACAGGAGGCCAAGAAGAAGGGCAUUUUGAUCUUCGCCAUUGGAGUCGGUAACAAGACGUUCUCAGACGAGUUGAACGAACUGGCCACGGAGCCCAACUGCACGCACGUCAUACAACUUCUGGGAUACGGCGAUCUGGACGCGCUCAUCGACGAAAUUAGACAGGAGUCAUGCAAAGCUGGAAGUGAAAGUCUUGAUCUUUGUUCGAGCAAUCCAGAUGACAAAGUUUCUUUUGUACAUUGA